GUCCCUUCCUCAGGGCCAAACCUGGCGUGGUGCUGGGAUGCUGCCACCCUCGAAGGAGCGGCUCCGGGGGACCGGGGAGCGCCCGGGGGGGCGUCAGGCGAGACCCCCGCGGCAGAGCUGGCGGGUGCUGGCCGAGAGGAACCAGAGCGUGGCCCCCGUGGGCGUCUGGGUGGAGAGUGCCCCAGGGCAGCCGGAGGAGAGCCUGGCCUUUGCUUCAGCAUUUCAGGUGGAGGAGGAGCUGAAGGAGCAGCAACGGGAGAAGGCAGCCAGCCUGAGACGCUUCCAGGGAGAGGUGAAGCAGCGAGUGAACCAGCAGGUCAGGAUGCGAAGAAAGCAGCAGCUGCAGAAGUCCUACGAAGCAGCAGAGAGGGAGAGCUGCAUCGCCAUGCAGUACUCAGACUCCGCACUGCGCUUGACGCCCCGGAAGAACACGUGCCUGUUUCGGAGCCACCCCGCGCCUGCCAUCUGCGGUCCCAGCGCUCACACCCUCCCAGCACAGCGGCAAGGGAUGCAAAGUGAGCCGUUCCAGUGGCAAGCUGCCAAGCUUAGCAAAACCAUGAAGCAAGUUCGGCGCAGGCUGGCGUCCUGCAAAACCAUGCCCCAAGGAGCGGGUCUCCCCGAACUCGCAGGCGGAGUCUGGAGGCGAGAGAAACCAGAGUCUUGCAAGACAGCCAUGGUGCCCACAGAAGAUGAGAGUGAGGAACUGCUUUUGGCAGGACAUCAUGAUCUGCCAGCUGAACUGCAAGACCAGGGGACAGCCCCGCAUCAGGCUGAGCAAGACGAUGACUUCUACAUCAAAAUUGAAUUUGAAAAAUUCUGUGAUGGAUCGGUGAAGGCCUCAAGCUUGCCUGAGCCUCCUCAGAGGCUGCACACCGAUUACCAAGCUCCCCUCGUACUCUGGGCUGGUGCAGACCAAGAGGAAACCAAGAAGCAGCGUCAGUAUGAGUACCUGAGAUACAGGCGCCUCUUCAUGAACAUCGAGCGAGAGCAAGUGAAGGAGCAGCAGAGGCAGAAAGAGAGGCAGAAGAGAAUCAUUGAGAUUAAGAGGAAGAAGGAGAACCAGCGCCGGGUGGAGGAGCAGAGGAUGCAGGAGAUGGCCGAGCAGCAAGAACCCUCCCCGGGAGAGGGAGCCUGCGAAACCCUGGCCCAGCUUAAACUGGAAGAGAGGAGAGCGAAGAAAGUUAAAGAAAAACAGCAGCGAAAUAAGGAGUACAUGAGGUACAUUGAAGCUCUAAGAGCCCGGAUGAGGGAGAAGAUAAAACUGUAUAACAUUGACUUGCCCCCGCUGUGCUCCUGCGGGUCUGAUUUCUGGGACUCCCACCCGGAUACCUGUGCCAACAACUGCAUCUUCUACAAAAACCACAAAGCCUACAGCCACGCUCUGCAGUCAGUCGUCUCGUCCUGCGACCCCACAGAUGGGAGCCCCUCGGUGAGGCUGCAGCUCCGAGACCUGGCCGCUCUCUGUGCUCGCUCGGGGAAACAUCUGUGACGAGGGCAGCCGCAUCCCCCGUCCCCCCGGUGUAUUUUGGUGACUGUUGUGAGGACCUCUCCUCCACUAACGGCCACCUGACCCAUGCUCCCACAGCCUCUAUUUUGCUCCGGAAAGGAGCUUUUUCCUAGGAAAAAUCUCUAUUUAGCCUCCAGGUCAGUGACUACUGUGCUGCUUCAGCCCCUCAGCAGGGGUUGCUGGAAAAAGAUCAUUUUUACCAAAAAUUACACUGGUGGAGUAACAUGGUCCUUCUGCAUGGAGGUUGCACCAUAACCUGUCAUUAAUAUUUACUGCUUGCCAGCCGCCCUCCUGUCACCUCUCCAAUAUUAACCACAGCAGGAAGGAUGGGCGGCCAAGCAUGCCGGAUUAUUUCUUUUGCCUGUUACCAUCCCGCCGGGUGCGAAGCAAACCCACGACCCCGGUCCAGAGGUAGCAUGGAGGUGCCAAGCCAGGGGAUGCUCCUCCGUUCCCCUGGAGAAUCAUUCACCAACUUAUUUGUGGCGGCCGGUGCUAUUUAUUAACCGCUAUUUGCGUCAGGGGAAGACACCGUGGAUCUAAUAAGGGGUGUUGAGGUGGAUUUGUGAAGGGCGGCAGGAUCUGGCCCGGGAGGUUUUUGCAUGUGCCAGGGCUGGGGAAGCAAAGGGCUAACGCUGCAAAUGUGUGUUUUAACUGAUUUCAGGGCAGGGCUUUGUGCUGGGGCAGCUGAGGACAAGCAUUUCCUUGGCAGGUCCCCAGGCCUUUGCUUGCAC